AAUAAAUAAAUAAAUUUAAAAAAAAAAUAAAUAACCACGUACCUAAAAGAAAUUAAAAAUAAAUAAAAAAAAAUAUAUAUUAUCAGUGUGUGUAUGUGUGGUGUAUUUCUCCGCGAAGAAGCGUCCCCCUUCUCUUUUAUUUACACAGUCUAUCUCACUUGUACUCAUAAUAUUUUAAUUCCCUUUCCCUUUUUUUUUCGUCUUGAUUUUCCCUACUCAUUCGUCUUUUGGUGAUCACAUACACAUACACACACUCAACAGUUGGACUAUCGUUAGUAUCAGUGUAUACACAAGAUUGAACAAUGUUGUGUAUGUGUACAGUGUGCCUCUGUGCCUACUCGUUUCUGACAAUGAGCCGCCACGGUGACUGUGAUAAGUGAUCAAGCCUCUCUCUAUUCGUCACAUUAUUUUUAUUUUUAAAACAAUUUUUUUUUUUUUUUAUUUUACUUUUUUUUUUUAUCAUUAUCAUCUAUUUAUAUAUGUAUAUACCGAUUAAUGUAUUAAAAAAAUUAUUUACACAUAUUUUGAUUAUAUUUUAAUAUAAACAAAAACAAAGAAAUUUUUUUUUUUUUUUAUUUCAAAAAAUAAAACAAGGAAAUGAUAAAUAAUUUUUUUUUUUUAAAUUAAAUAUACGUGUAGUGUCAGUGAAAAAUUAAAAAAAAGAAAAAAAAAAAUUAAGACGCAAGGGAAAAUUAAUUGUUUGUGUAUGUGUGUGUGUAUUUAAGAAUAAAUACAAAAAUUACAAAAUUUUUUUGAUAAAAAAAAAAAAGUUUAAUGAGCAUCGAUGACUCGUUUAUUUUUAAACCAGUGUUACAAUUAUUAUUUUAAAUUUAUAAUAAAAUAUAAUUGUAUUAUUUUAUGAUAAAAUAAUAAUAAUUUAAAAAAAAAAAAAAUAACAACAACAAAAAUAAAGAGCAAAAAAAAAAUGUGUCAAGUUAUGUGAAAAUUUAGUGAAUUCAGUCAACUGAUUUAUUUAUUUUUCAUCAGUGUAUGUGUAAUAUUUAUGUGUUUGUGUUAUUAUUAUUUUUUAUUUGUUUAUUACAACUUUGGUUUUUUGGAAUAAUUAUGUUCAAUGUACCGCCCAAGUUUUACGAGCUGUGUCGCCUUUGUUUAUCAUCGGACGGUGUAAAAUUGUCCAUAUUUGAAGAGGAAGGGACACAGCGUAAUUAUGCUGAUAAAAUUUUGACAUGUCUCUCAAUUGCGGUCAAUAAUGGAGACAAUUUACCACCAAUUAUUUGUCAUCGAUGUGUAUACAAGUUGGAUGUACUUCAUAAUUUUCGUGAAGUAUCAAACAAAUCAGAUGUUAUACUCAAACAGUACCUGGAAUAUGCCAAGCAAUUUUCAACACCUGACAAUCAGGAAAAUUAUCAAUCUACUGCCAAAAUAACAGAUCCAACACCUCAACAAACAUUUAUAGAAUUGAAUAAAACUCUUUUUAGUGAAAAUAUAAAUCAAAAUAUAUUACCUCAAACACAAUCACAUAAUAUUGAAUUACGAAAAAAAAAUAAUGUUGAAGAUAAUAAUGAAGAUGAUAAAGAUAAUGAUGAUCAUGAUGAUGAUGAAGAUGUUGAUGAUGAUAAUGUUAAAAAUAGCAAAGAAUCAGAUAAUAUAAAAUGUGAACCAGAUGAUGAUACAUAUUCAAAUAGUACAGAUCCAGAUAGACUUGAAAUUGAAGAUCGUGAUGAUAAUGAUAAUAUUGAUGCUGAUGAAAAUGGAUAUGACAUGACUAUCAGUAAAAAAAUUAAAUUAAAUGAUGACAAUAAUUAUCAUGAUAAUAAUUCAAAAAUUAAUUCACCAAAUCAAAGUCCAGUUAAUCGUAUGGAUACACCUGAAAGUAAUUGUUCAGAUACAAAUAUUGAUCAAGAAGCAACAAAACUUUGGCAAGCACUUGCUAACAACAGGAGCUUGGAAAUAACACGAACAAAUGGUGAAAAAUUAAAUAAUGGAUUUACUGGUGAAGCUACAAAUUUAUUACGUUCAUUAAUAAAUAAUCGACAAAUUGGUAUAACUGCUGUUGACAGUGAUCGUGUAUCACCUCAAAUUAAAUUUUAUCGUGAUACCCAAGGAACAGUUAUUGAAAGAACAGAUUGUUCAAUACUUGGCAAUCGUACCAACAUACAAUCACUUGAAAAUAAGAGUGCAUCGAUGGAUAGUAAUCCUUCAAGUCCAGCUAGUGUCGGUAGAAAAGAAACAAAAGGAAGAAGAAAACAAAGCUAUCCAAGUAAAGCACCAACAAGUCCUGAUGUUAUGAAUUAUUCAAAUGAUAUAACUGAUGAACAAGCACUCAAUUUUGCAUCAUGGUCAAAUACGUUAAAGGGAAAAGUAGAUGAUCAAAAGCAACAGUUUGAUUCACAAAGUGGUAAUAUGACUAAAAAAGUUGAUAUGUCUUGUACAAAUUGUGGAACAAUGACAACAACAAUAUGGCGACGUAAUAUGAAAGGUGAAAUGGUUUGUAAUGCGUGUGGUCUUUAUUGGAAACUUCAUGGUAUUAAUAGACCAGUUACAAUGAGAAGGGAUACAAUUCAUACACGUCGACGUAGACCAAAAGGUGAAAAACCAACAAGACAUAGGAAAAAAGAACAAUCAAUACCAAGUCAAACUGAUCAAAUGGAUGCUGAAAGUGCUGAUAUGCUUGCAGCAUUACGACGACAAAUACAACCACAUUUAAUGAUGGCAGCAUUAACACCACCACAUUUAACUGGUGGUGGUGGUGGUACACUUCCACCUUCAUCAACUGGACAACUUAAUUAUCCAUUACCAUUGUCAUCAUAUAUGAUGCACGUGAGUACACCUCACAUGUAUUCAGUAGAUCUUGCUAGUCGUGUAUCACGUGAUACUAGUAUUACCGGAUCAAAAAAAACUGAUGUCAUUAAUUUUGCACAGCAUAUUAAAGAAGAAUCAAAAAAUGAUUCAGAGAAUGGUGAUGACGAUGAUGAUGAUGAUGAUGAUGAUGAAGAAAAUAUGUCUGAUUUACCACUUAAUCUUGUAUCAACAACACUCUCGGAAGAAGCACACUGAUAACUUAAUUAUACUUAUUUAUCAACAAAAUAACAAGAUAUUUUUAAAUACUCACUGGCAGAUCAGCACUGAUUAUAUACAGUUCAAGAUUUUUUUUUUUUUAAUUAAUCUGUUUUAUUGUAUUAUUAUUUUAUAUUUUUCAUUUAGUCAUCAUCCAGCUCUCUACAUCGGUAUUACCUCAUAUGUCGUUUUUUUUUUUUUUUUUUAAUUACGAAAAACACAAUAUGCUCUCUGCUUGAAUUUUUUUUCUUAAUUUUUAAUUUAUUUAUUUAUUUUCGAGCAUCAAAUGAUUUUAAAAAAUAAUCAUUAUACUUUAAACAAAAUAAGACUACGUGGCCCGUGGUGCAGUGCACUACUCAUAAAUUGAUAUUAAAAUCACCAGUAUUAUAAAACGAAAAAAGAAAAUAAAAAAAAAACCACAUGGUUAAUCAUUUAAUCGUAGAAAAAAUGAUAGAGGAACAACAAAAUAAUGUGUUGAAUAAAAAUUGGUAUGGGUGUGUUAAUUUACUCAUUAAUAAGACAUGCUUUAUAACAUGUAAUAUUUUUUAUACAAAAUUUUUUGUACAAUGAAAUUAAUUUGCACUCUUUAAUUUGAGUAAGUAGUUGUGCAUAUAAAAAUGCAGUUUGUUCAUUUUUUUUUCUCAACUGUUGCUGUUUUUUUUCUUUAUUUGCCUUGGCGUAUGUUUUUUUUUUUUAACAGUUAAUUAAAUAUAUUGUUAAAACGUUGAAUUUUUGAAAUCGAAUAAUUGAAUUUGAACGCAGGAUAAAUAAUAAAAAAUAUUACUUAUUCGACAAUUUGUUUUAUUGCUUGCUGAUAUACCGUUGAGCAAUCAUAUUUUUUUAAUAAUGAAAUUUCUUAAAAAUAAAAUAAUAAUAAUUGAAAAGAAAAAAAAUAAAUAAAUAAAGUUUGUUAUAGCGAGUAUUUAAUGCACAUGUUGACCCAGUUAUAUUAUAUUAUAUAUUUUUUUUUGUCUUUAAAAGUAUAAACAUUCAAAAGUGUACUUGUUUCUCGGGUAAUUUUAAAAAUAAAACUAAUUCAAUAAUGAUAAAAAAAGACAUUUAAAUGCAGAUAAGCAAAUUUUUUUAUACCUUUAAUUUGUGAUUUUUAAUCACUUAUUAUCAGUAUGAAAAAAAAUUACAUUAUCUCAUUUAAAACUGUGUUUUUUUCUUAUUAUUAUUUAAAAGAAAAACCCGAGAAUAAUAAUUAAAAAAUUACGGAGACUUACUUACUGAAUAAUUUAAGAAUAAAUAAAAAAAAGUGUAAAAUUCAAUUUUUAUAUGCUUAACAGAAUACUAAAUUAAUGUUGAAUUAUAAAUAAUUAUUUUUUUAAAUAAUAAAAAACAUUAUCUUGCACAAUUUGUGCUGCGUUAAAAAAAAAAUUGAAUAUUAAUAAUGUACUUAAAUAAAAUUAAAACAAAGAAAAAAGAAAGCAAUAAUAAUAAUCAAUGACUGAGUGAGUGAAUUCAUUGACAAACAAAGAAACGAGAUACAUUAAAGAAACAAAAAUAAUAAAAUAACAUAAUUGAAAAUAAAAGUGCCAGAAAUGUGCAAAAACUACAGUAAAUAUACAACCACAAAAAAGUAUUUAUUUUUUAUGUAAAAAAAAAGAAAUUUGAAAAGAUGAUAAGAUAAAUGAAAUUAUUGCUUGGUUAUUAAUGUUAUCAACUUCAAGCUAAAAUCAUUUUUAUUCGGCCAAUACCACCACUAAUAAACAUAAAUUAUUUAUUUAUUUUCUUUUUUUUUUUCUUUAUGAAAAUUAAACUGUACAGACAACUGAUAAUAGCCGGGUACUAAAGAAACUCUGACAUAGUAAAUAACAAAAAUGGAAAUAAAAAAAUCUAUGGCCAGUGCAUUUACUGAUGUAAUUGUUUAAUAAUUCUAAUGUCAUAUACCUAAAUAACUUUGCCAAAAAUAGUUUUUAGUCUUUGUAACAUAGAUAUAUAGUUAAGGACAUCAAACACAAAAGAAAGAAAAAAAAAAAAACUAUUUUAAAAAAUUCACUCAUCAACUUACGUAUUUUUAAAUAUAAUAAAUAUAUUUUUUUUAAAAAUAUUUCUCAUAA